AUGGCUAUGGACCCCGAAAAAGGCCACGUCGAGGCCAACUAUUCACCGGCCGACCAGAACUCAUUGGAUUCCAUUCCGGCCGCCAACGAUGUCGGUAUCUCGCAACAGGCUGGCAUGCUCGCCAAGCUUCGCGCCAUGGAGACCAGAAUGGACACCAAGCUCGGUAUAGAGUCCGAGGCCAUCACACGCAAGCGUGCCGAAGAUAAGAAAGAGGUGCAUUGGGUGGAGGAGCUGUCAAUGGCAUUACUGUGGGCGAGUGGCACCAUGGGCACUUCUUGCUUUGCGACGGGCUUCCUUGGGUGGGAGUUCGGCCUGAGCCUGAAACAGUCGAUUGUGAUUACCAUCUUUACCUCGAUUCUUGCUGCCACGCUUAGCGGAUUCUGUGCCACGUUCGGUGCUGUUACCGGUUUGCGCCAGAUCAGCGUGGGUCGGUACAGCUUCGGCUGGUGGCCGAAUAAACUCGUGGCUCUGCUGAACGCCAUCCAGCAGAUGGGCUGGGCCGCCGUCGCAUCCAUCACGGGAGGCCUUGCGUUGACGGCGGUUUCCGACGGUCGCGUCUCAUUGAUUCUCGGCAUCGUCAUCCUGGCUGUCGUGGCGCUGAUCAUCUCUUUUGUCGGGUUAAAGGCUAUUUUGAUUUACGAAAGAUGGGCCUGGGGUAUCUUCUUCGUCAUCUUCCUGAUCAUCUACGGCGAGACCGGCCAAUAUGCCGACAAUACGACUCCAGCUACCGCGACUGGCGCCACUUUCUCGGGAGCCGUUCUCAGCCUGAUCGCAAUUGUCUAUGGAUCCAGCGCUUCAUGGUGCACAAUGGCCAGCGAUUAUUAUGUCCACUACCCUGCCAACGUGAGUCGUGUCAAGGUUUUCUUCAUGACGACUUUCGGUAUUGCAAUCCCCACAUCGAUCGGCAUGGUGGCCGGCUGCAUGGUCGCCUCCGCUCUCAACAAUAAGCCCGAGUGGGCCGACGCGUACGAGAAUGAAGGACUGGGCUAUCUCAUUCAGGACAUGCUGUAUCCUCGCGGAUUUGCCAAAUUCCUUCUCACUCUCCUCGUCCUGUCCGGAAUCAACGUCAAUGUCAUCAGCAUCUACAGUGCCGCCAUCUCUUUCCAGCAACUCUCCCGGCCCUUUGCGCGUGUUCCUCGGUUCAUCUGGACCAUUGUCUGCUUCGCCUGUAUUCUUGCCCUGGCGAUUGGCGGGCGCCAAAAGCUCAACACAUAUCUCAUAGAUUUCUUGAGCAUACUGGGAUACUGGUGCACAAGCUACGCCGUGAUUCUGUUCGAGGAACACUAUAUUUUCCGCAAGGGCAACUUUGACAAUUAUGAUUUGGAAGGGUGGAAUGAUCCGGCAAGACUACCGUUGGGUAUUGGCGCAGCGGUGGCAUUUUCCCUUGGUGUUAUCGCCUGGGUUGUGGGUAUGGAUGAGACUUGGUAUGUUGGUCCCCUUGCAAAGCUGAUCGGGGACUACGGCGGUGAUGUGGCGAAUGAAUUCACCUUCGUGGUGACCGCUGUGACUUAUAUACCGGCAAGGUACUUGGAGCUCAAGCACUUUGGUCGGUAA